UAGCAGCAGCAGCAACAGCGGAGCACAAAACAAAGUAGAGACUAGUAGCAGCAGGUCAUUACAUUUUACAUCUUCUCUGAGAAGCCAAAGCAACGAAAAAGCGUACUCAUUGAGAGAGAAGAACAGCUACGAGAAGAAGAUUCAUCAAUCUUGUUGCUUCUCUUCAAAGCCAGCCAUUCUUGAUUCUUUUAUUCUUUAUGUCCCUCUCUCUCUUUCUAAAUCUUGUGAUCUUUUUUUUAUGCUGAUAGUUUUGCCAUUAAAGCUUUCACGCCAUUUCCCACGAGAAAUCGGUAGUCGGAAAGCUUUUUCACCACCAACCCUAAACCUCACCUCCAGUCUCUUCUCUAUAUAAUAAUACCCCCUCGUCUACUGCUCUCAGCAUCUAUCCUUCUUCACGCCGAGAUCAAACGACAAUGCACCCAUUAAGAUCAUGCUUCUCAGUUCUGUUCGUUGUCUAUCUUCUUCAAUGUAAAUUGUUUUUUGUGCAUUGUAUUUUAGACCCACUUGAUUUCUUAGCUCUACAAUCCGUUAGAAAAUCCUUAGACGACAUGCCUGGUUCCAACUUCUUUGCUUCAUGGGACUUCACUUCUGAUCCUUGCAACUUCGCUGGAGUGUAUUGUGAAUCAGACCGGGUGAUCGCUCUCAACCUGGGCGAUCCUCGUGCAGGGUCUCCUGGUCUAAUAGGCCGACUCGACCCUGCCAUUGGCAAGCUCUCUUCUCUGACUGAACUCUCUGUUGUUCCAGGUCGAAUCAUGGGUUCUCUCCCGCAAUCAAUCUCCCAAUUAAAAGACCUUCGCUUUCUCGCUAUCAGCCGGAACUUCCUCUCCGGCGGGAUACCGGCAACUCUAGGCCAGUUACGUAACCUCAAAACCCUUGAUCUCAGCUACAAUCAGCUCACCGGAGAUAUCCCUCGCUCUAUAGGUACCAUACCAGGGCUCUCCACUGUCAUUCUCUGCCACAACCGCAUCUCCGGUUCGGUCCCCCCAUUUCUCUCAGAAACUCUAACCCGGCUCGAGUUGAAACACAACGAACUCUCUGGUUCCAUCUCGCCAACCUCCCUCCCUCCUUCGCUGCAAUAUCUCUCUCUUUCCUGGAACCGCCUCUCCGGUCCGGUGGACUUGUUAUUGAUCCGGCUCGACCGGUUAAACUAUCUGGACCUGAGUAUGAACCAGUUCUCGGGCUGUAUUCCGAGUCGAAUCUUCUCCUUCCCCAUAACCAACCUUCAACUGCAGAGAAAUUCGUUUUCCGGUCCGGUUCAACCGGGAGUUGAGGUGACAAUACCGACCGUUGAUCUUAGCUACAACAGAUUGUCGGGUGGAGUGUCGCCCAUGUUCUCAACCGUACAGAAUUUGUAUCUGAAUAAUAACCGGUUCAUAGGACAGGUUCCGGGUAGUUUUGUGGACCGGUUACUGGAUGCGAGCAUACAAGUACUUUAUUUGCAGCAUAAUUAUUUAACAGGGAUGCAGAUUAAUCCAACGGUUGAGAUUCCUUUGAGCAGCUCGCUGUGCUUGCAGUAUAAUUGUAUGGUGCCGCCCAUACAGACGCCGUGCCCCUUGAAGGCCGGAAAGCAGAGGACAAGGCCUACCGCACAGUGCAACGAAUGGAGGGGGUAAAUCCUUGAACUGGAGAGGAGGCGCACAAUGCGAAGAAGGUUCUUCAUGCAGAUAGGUUGAUAUUUUUAUUUUAUUUUUUUAUUUUUGAGGGGGGGUUUUUGAUUCGUUAAUUUAUUUUGUUUUGGGAUUGAAUUUGAGAGGUAAAUGAUGGAUAAAUAAGAAGACUGUGGAUACUUGGUGAAAUUGUAGGUAUUUUAAUUAAUGGUCAUGGCUUCUUAUUACGCUGUCAUUAUUUUAUUUUUAUAAUAUAGGUUUAUUUCAGCAACAUUGUGUUGGUUUAUCCUAUGGAUUGUUAUAUUUAUUAUUUUACUGAAGAUAAAAUAUUUUACGUUUUG